GCACCACCAUAGGUGGCGCAAUGGGUAAGGCUGGUAAGAGAGCUGCACCAACGCCAGCUGCAUCAAAGCCAGCGGUACAACCCAAAAGGCAACGUAAGGCGGGCAGUAACAAGGAUGAACUACCAAUACUUUCUGAGGAUGAGAAAAAGAAGUACAAGAGCCAGUGGGAAAACUUCCGUGUGGUGAAACCAAAGACAGAAGCUCAAGAACAUGAUCCAAAAGCGUCAUCAUCGUCUAAUGCCAUUGAACUCAAGGAGACUGCUGAACCCAAGGAGACUUCUGAACUCAAAGAGACUGCUGAACCCAAGGAGACUUCUGAACUCAAAGAGACUGCUGAACCCAAGGAGACUUCUGAACUCGAUGCGACUGCUGAACCCAAGGAGACUUCUGAACUCAAGGAGACUGCUGAACCCAAGGAGACUUCUGAACUCAAGGAGACUGAGACCCCUGAAAUCAAGGAGCACAAUGCUGAAGCAAUGGACAUUGAUGUUGCUGACGCUGACACUGAUAGUGUUACCAACGCUCUUGGCGCAUUGAUCAAGGAACAUAUGGAUGAGGAGAACGAUCCUGAACAAGCCUUGUUUGAUUAUCGAUUCAAGAUCGCGAUGACCCACUCUUUGCUCCCAAGGUAUGUCCAGCACAUCAGAGAUACUGAGGUUCUUAGCGAGGAAGAGUGGUCGUUUGGUACCCAGGAACCGACAGAAGAUCUCAAUGGCUUCGUUGAAUGGCUGAAACAACAAGGUUUCGAAUUGGAAUAUGAGAUGAAGCUGCCCAAGAUUGACAACUAUGACAGUGUUGACCCUUCCGAUGUUUUGGGAAGUGCUGCAAAGGUUAUGAUUUCUCGGUUGACGAACUUAGCUCCCGAGCUGAUGCAACAAAAGGUUCGUUCACUUCCGAGGACUUUGUCGGUUGGUGACUUCUUCUCAGGAACAGGUGCAUUUUCCAAGGUGAUUUCAGAAACUAUCACUGCGUUGAAAGAUAUCUUCCCAGAUGAGACGAUUGAUUUGACCGCAAAGCAUUGCUUUAUGUCAGAGGUGGUGCAGUUCAAGCAGAAGUUCCUGCUGGAGGCUUUCAAAGGCAAUGACUUCGACGAUUGUUGCCUGUUCUCAGAUGCAACAAAGGUGUUCACAGAUGAACGGGAAUGUCUUCGUCACAAAGGUCGAACUGCCCCAUGUUCUUGCGAAAUUCCAUCUGAGCUCAACAUAUUCGGCGGUGGAUUCUCUUGCAAGAGCUUCAGCAAACUCAACAAUGAAUUUGAGUCGUUCAAAAAAGCUUUGGCGGAAAUGAUGGAGGAAUCGUCCUCAUAUGUGACGUUUAAAUCAUGCAAUGACGCCCUAAAGUUCAUCGAGUUGGAUAUGUUUCUGCUUGAGAAUGUCGACCUGGAGGCAGAUUCAGAGAACCUGACACUGAUCCUGAAAGCAUUAUCUGAAGCUGGUUUCUCCUGCAAGACAUACAAGCUCAUAUCCAGCGAUUUCGCUGUUCCACAACGAAGAGUCAGGAUAUAUAUCCUAGGAUUCUCAAACAAACGCCAGCCGCAGAUUGCUUUCAAGAACGUUGACAAAAUGAUUGAUCUAUUUCGUCUUCCAUGUGUGGACCCAGACAAGUUUCUCCUCGAUGACGAUGACCCUGCCGUGAUGAAAGAAUUGGAUCGACGUCGAUCAGUUCGUGCUAGAGCAGAUCAGCCCAAGGAGCCGGAGAAGAAUCAGAAGAAGGACACCGCUGGUGACAAAGGUACAACCGAGGAGAAAGAGAAAGACCAGAGCAAAUGGCAAGCUACACACCAAGAAUUGGCAGAGAAACGCGGCAUUCAAUGGCCACUGACUGUGCCAGAUGAGCUUAGCAAGUCUGAGUGGUUCUCGACAUUGAAUGCGAGAGAGCAAGAGGUGUAUCUUUUUGUGCUGAAUGAGAGCACAACAUUGACACAAUCUGGGAGGCAGCCAAUUCGCUUUGCUGAUAUCUACCAUUCAGCAAACAGAACACCGGUUUCUGCUGCUGAUGUGCUUCCCACGAUAUUGCCGGGAACAAAGAUGAUUGACUUGCAGUCAAAUGCGAAGCGUCUCCUCCUGGGAAGGGAACUACUGGCACUUCAAGGACUUGACUAUGACGAUGGUCUCCUCGACAAAUUCUCCGAGAACCAACUCAGCGAUUUGGCUGGGAACGCAUACACAUCGACGGCUUUUCUCACAAUGUUCCUGGCGGGUCUCUUCGAGUUAAGCUUUGUGACUCCUAGCGAAAGCGAACAGGAAGAGGAAGUUUCAAGCUUUGUGACACAGCUGAGUCAACACAGCCACAACCGUGGACCAAACUAGCUGGUGAGAUGCACUGGUGAGCUUGGGUAUACCCUCAGCAACAAUGCUGGGACGAGAACUCCGUUGAGAUGUGAGAUAAACGGAACGGGUUUUGUAAAAUACUGCAAUUGAAUAUGUCUCGCUUUGCCUAGUGCUGAAAGCAUAUGAUUUAUGCCUAGCAUAGCUUGAGACAGUUCGUGGCAUACCAUUCGAAUGCAACGGAAUCGAGCAAGAAAAAAGGAUAGUUGCCGACCAUUGCAACUUGUGUCGCGC